CAAACCCUUAUAGAUGGUGUCCCCUUAAUCCUCACUAGUAGUAGCGUUGUCGCGACCCUGGCGAAUCCACGAUGGUAAACUGCUUCUGUAGUUGCUUCGCUCUUCAGCUUCUUCUGCUUAACAGUUAUGCAAAGGCUGAGGACGUGUUAGUAACGGUGCAGCAGGGUACUCUACGAGGAACCACUGCCACAGGUCUAUACAACACGUCCUACACGGCAUUCCGUGGCAUUCCCUAUGCACAACCCCCUAUUGGAGAGCUGCGAUUCCAGACACCACAGCCAGCAACGAACUGGGAAGGCGUGCGGGAUGCGACCGCGUACGGCAGCGACUGCGUGCAGAACACGGGCGACGGCUCCGAGGACUGCCUCUACCUGAACGUGUACGUGCCGGGCGCCCCAGAGCAGGGCGCUGGGCUGCCAGUCAUGUUCUGGGUCCACGGGGGGAGGUUCAUCCGCGGGGGCGGGUCCGACAGGGAGUACGGCCCGGACUUCCUCGUCUCCUAUGGAGUCAUACUCGUCACCAUCAACUACCGGUUGGGACAGCUCGGUUUCCUGAGUACCGGUGACGAGGUUGCCCCUGGCAACGCUGCCCUGAAAGAUCAGCAGCUGGCGCUAUCAUGGGUGCAGCAGAACAUCGCCAGCUUCGGCGGAGACCCAGAGCUGGUGACGCUGUUUGGAGAAAGCUCGGGGGCCAUGACUUCGUCCAUCCAUUUGGUGUCGCCGCUGACAGCUGGGUUGUUCUCCAGAAUCAUCCUGCAGAGCGGAAACUUCAUCGGACGCCCAGGCCCCUUGGAGGCAGCUCGCCGGAACGCAUUUCGUCUGGGAGCAGCUCUUGGCUUCGAGACGGACGACUCUGAGCAGCUGGUGGACUUCCUGCGCUCUGUCAGCGCUACAGACCUGCUAGUGGAUAACUCGUUGAUCCUGACAGACGAGAAGAAGGUGAUGUUCUCAUACGUCCCUUGGGCUCCGCAUAUCGAGCCUCAGCUGGAGGGUGCCUUCAUCUCAGAAUCUCCUAUCGCGGCGCUCGUCGAGGGCCGUUUCCACCGAGUCCCCAUCAUCACAGGCGUCACAUCUGGCGAGCUGGGUUACGAAAUGGCAACAAAUGCUGAGAAAGUCAGCUAUCUGAACAGCACGUUUGUUGAGUCUGUGGGCCCCAGCCUACACCUCUCGACGGCAGAGCAGCAGCAAGAAGCAGCACGCAAGUUGCAGGAAUUCUACUUUGGCGACGAGACCAUCUCUGUAGACAAUCCGGAGCCUAUUGUGAACUUUAGUAACGAUUUCGGUUUCUUCGAACCAACUGAUGCUCUUGUAAGAAAGGUCGCUGAACUCUCUGACGUCCCCGUAUUCUAUUACGAGUUUGAUUUUUACGGGGAACACAUCAACUCCACACAAUGGGGUGUAAAUCACGCUGCAGACCUGACGAUACUUUUUGUGAGAUCCGACACUGAGUACAACCUAGAUCCUGAAUCAGACGAGGAUAAAGUACGAAGGAAUAUGCUUCGAUACUGGACUAAUUUCGCCAAGUACGGAAAUCCAACUCCGGAGGCGGAUCCUGUCAUCUGGGAGCCCUAUGACAACGUGACCCGCAGCUACAUGCUCAUGCAGUUCAUUUUCUCUCUCGCCAGCAACAAGGACGCAGAGAGGAUGGAUUUCUGGCACGAAAACGUGCCACUACAGCCUUACGCCGACAUUUUCUGAGAGUAUAUGAACAAAAAAGCACCAGCGACUCUUUCUACAGCCCAAAGGAAAACAAACAUAAUUUCAGUUGAAUUAUUCCAGAAUAAAGCGCUUUCAUUUUAUUAAA